UUUCCGGCGCUGGUUAUCUUUCCCUUAGAUGGCGCCACAGAAAAAUGCGGUCCCCUUCGGAACUAGCUCGCGCAUUAUCAUUACGAUUUUACCAUAGCACAUAUAAACAAAUCGCUGUCAUAUGCACACGUGAAACAUGCCGGAGACUUGCUGUUGCGUACCUGGUUGUAGUAAUAGAGGUGGACAUGCUUUCCCAUCAGAUCAAACGAGACGAAAAUCAUGGAUUCAUGCAAUUAGACGAGGGGAAACACGUUUCCAGAGCUGGGAACCUUCUGCCUAUGCCGUUGUGUGCAGAUCGCAUUUCAAAGAAAGCGAUUAUUUAGCAGAGACUGUUCACGGAAAUACACCUUUAAGUAAGAGGUUACGGAAAACAGCAAUACCCAGCCUUUUCCAAUGGGCAGAUCCAACAAGCCCAGCUGUACUUGCUAGAGCUGACAGAGCUAGGACAAGGGGUGUCAAAAGAAAAUUAAUAGAAGAUAUUGCAUCUACAAGUCAAAGUUCAGAAGAAGUAUUUUUUGAUGACAUUAAUAUUGUAGAGGAAACUAUCAGUGAUUACAGCAGUAGUCUUAAUGAAAAUAUCUCGAGUCAACAUGAUGAUCAGCAAACAGUUCGUCAAAAUGUAGGAACACAAACGCCAACAUUUCCCCCAAUGUGUAUUGAUAACUUUGAAAAGGAUUAUGCUGGUAUUCAUUUUUACACUGGUUUGGAAACAAUCUCUAAAUUUUAUUUUGUAUUAAGAACUUUAGGUCCUGCAGCUUAUUGUUUAAAUUAUGUAUAUCACCAAGUCACAAAUAUCAGUGUCCCAGAUCAAUUUUUUCUUGUUCUCAUCAAAUUGAGGCGACACAGAACUAAUUUUGAAUUGUCAAGAUUAUUCAGUAUUUCGGAAAAAACUGUAUCGAAUAUAUUCUAUACUUGGAUUCUAUUCAUGUCCAAACAGUGGAGAGAAGUUGACAUAUGGCCACCUAAAUCCCUUGUGAAAUAUUUUUGUCCCUCUGAUUUUAAACUAAAGUUUCCUAAGACUCGAGUGCUAGUUGAUGGAACGGAGUGUCCUAUCAAGAAGCCAAAACAACCAAAAUCCCAGCAAGCUACGUUCUCAACAUAUAAAAAUAAGAACACAGUGAAAAUUCUGGUUGGUGCAACCCCUGGCGGCUUAGUUUCUUAUGUAUCUUCUGCAUAUGGUGGUUCUACAAGCGACAGACAAAUAGUGGAACGUAGCAGUUUGUUGAAUUUGUGUGAUCCUGGUGACUCUAUCAUGGCUGAUAAAGGAUUCAAUGUGCAAGACAUGUUUGUUCAUAGAAAUAUUCAGAUAAACACACCUACAUUUUUUAAGAAAAAGAAUAGAAUGUCUCGUGCAUCUGUAGUUCAAGACAGAAAAAUUUCAAUCAAAAGGGUGCAUAUUGAGCGAAUCAUUGGUCUUGCUAAAACUUUUAAAAUUUUAACUGAACCUAUGAAUAGCUCAGAGACAAAGCUGUCCUCACAUAUAACUUUUGUGUGUUUUAUGUUAUGCAAUUUUAAAACUUGUAUUGUCCCAUCAUAUGCAUAGUA